AUCUCAUUAUGACGUCAGAAGCGAGACUUUGGAUUCGUUAGGAAUUUAUGUCGUAGAGGGCAGCAUGGAAAUCUGCGGAGCUACAAACUAACGUGAAAUUUGUUAUGUUUUUAUAUGGAAUCCCGAUUGCUAAUUGUUAUUUUUGAGACAGCCCAAUGUUGUUGAACGGUCGUCAGUUACACCAGUUUCACAAAAGGGUGCACUAUGUCAUUUGUCAGCAAUCGGGGUUUGCAGUUAAGAUAACCGUCACCACAUCAGUUCAACAACAGCUUCCAGUUGGACAACAGGUCACAGCCUACCUGCUACGAUGAGUUUUACCGGACCUAGCCCACCAUGCGUUGAUGAUGGGAUUCGACCAGAGGAUUCCGCUAGUCAGAGCGGAAGUGCGUCGUCGUCCGUCAGGCUGAAGGCGAUAGCAAGGAAGGCUGCAUUGGCUGCAGAGGCUGCAGCGUUGAAGCAGAGAUUGGCUCUGGAGAGGGAGGAGUUGGAUCUGAGACAGCGUAAGAUUCAGCUUGAUAUGGACACUCGAAUAAAGAUAGCUGAAGCUGAGGCAGAAGUAUACCUUUCUGCAGAAGAAGGACAUUUGGCUACAGAUGUCAAGGAUGUUCACGGGGCUCAAGCUAAGGUUGAUGAUGUUCUGCCUCAUCUAGUUGCUACCGAAAACUCCAAGGUGAGGGAAGAUGUCCGGGCUCCUCUAGGGGCUCACGCCAAGCCUGAUGAUUUCCUGCCUCGUCCAGAUGAUGGUAAUAACUCCAAGAUGAGGGAAGAAGUUACCCGUUCUUAUGAGCGACCAAGGGCAGUGGAUACUCAGGACUUACUACUUCAGAUAAUUGACAACAGCCAGAAGCAACAGAGAGAUUUGCUGGAAGGACUAUUUGUCCCUCAGACACAGAUUAUGACAUUUGAUGGAAGUCCUCUCAAGUUUUGGGAAUUUUGGAGGGCAUUUGAGAGCACUGUUGACUGCACCGGCAUACCUGAUAGUGCCAAGCUAACUCGGCUAUUACACUAUUGUGAAGGAGAUGCCCGCAAGAUCUUGCAGUCAUGUAGUAUUAUGCCACCAUCAGAAGGAUACAGGAGAGCAAAGGCACUUCUUCAUGGCCGAUUCGGAACUCCCUUCAUGAUUGCUGAUGCCUGGAUCAGGAAGGUGACUGGAGGGCCAAAGAUAACCGGACGAGAUAAGAGAAUGCUGCAAGAGCUAGCUGAUGAGUUACAGGUUUGUCUCCAGACUUUGGACGCUAUGGGGUAUACUAGUGAUUUAUCGCCACAACCUGUUCUCUUGCAGAUCGUUGAGAGGCUGCCACUUUACCUGCGGAGCAAAUGGGUGUCGGUGGUAGGCGGGAUUCGUCGCGAUGCUAGACUUCCGAAUAUAUUUGAUCUGGUUUCCUUCAUCCAGGCAAGGGCAGAUGAGGAGAACGACCCUGUCUUUGGAAAGCUGCUUGUCAAGGAGCAGAGUGCUAGAACCAGCCCACCGAUCAACAAAGCAUCACGAUCAAGGAGGAGUACCUUUUCUACCAGUGCAUCGGGUGAAGAGACGGCACCGUUGGUUUGUGUGAAAUGUAAGGAGUCACACACUCUGUUUGCUUGUAAUGCAUUCAAGCAAAUGCAGCCUGAAGAAAGAUUCAAGCUCGUUGUGGAGAACAAGCUGUGCUUCAAUUGUUUGGAGAAGGGGCACACAUCGAGAAACUGCCAGGUGAAAAGGGUGUGCUCCGUGCCAGGAUGCAAGAGGAAGCACACUAAGUUCCUCCAUCGGGACAAGAUGGAACAGCCUCGACAAGCCCAGGAGGGGGUUGGUGAACCUGCAUCUGAGAAGGUUGAGAGUUAUGCCACAGGGGCCGGUGGAAAUAAGAGGAUCCUACUACCCAUAGUUCCAAUCAGAGUUUAUGCAUCGGCCAAGGAUGAUGGCGUGGAGGCCCUGGCACUUUUGGACUCUGGUUCCACUAGCACAUUCUGCACGGAGGAAGUAGCGGAGAGGGUAAAGGCCCAUGGAUCAGCUAGCACGGUGUCUGUGUCAACUCUGGACAGGGCUAACAGUGAACUCCACACCACUGUCGUUAGUUUGAGGAUUGAGCCAAAGUCUUCGCCAAGAGUAGUGACUCUCCCUCGAGUGUACACCAAGGCCGACAUCAACAUAAGUGUAGACCACUUACUUUGUAGACGAGAUGUCGAUCAGUUUGCACAUCUUUCGGAUAUCCACUUUCCAAGCUCGAAUAAAGUCAAGGUGGAUAUUCUAAUUGGUCAAGACUAUCCUGAGCUACUGUGUCCUCUGGAGACAAGACGAGGUGAACCAGGAGAACCUUAUGCAGUAAGGACAGUACUAGGCUGGACGCUCAAUGGACCUGUCCAGGGAAAUGGUAAGAGGAUGCCAUUAAGUUCGCACUUCAUCUCAGAGGAAAUGUCACUCGACAAUCAGUGCAAGAUGUUUUGGUCCCUUGAGACCAGUGAUAUGUGUAACAUAAACACAGCUGCCAAGGGAAUGUCAGUUCAGGACCAGGAAGUGUUGAAGUUAUGGGAGGAUAAUGUGGUAAGGAGUGGAGGACAUUACCAGCUACCCAUACCAUUCAAGGAACAACCGCCACCCUUGAGUGACAACAGAUGGAUGGCUCAGCAGAGGCUUGAAUCCUUGAAAAGACGACUAAGCAAAGAUGAAUUGAUGCAUGCCAAGUAUUCACAAGGCAUGGCUGACCUUCUCGACAAGGGCUACGCUGAAGCAGUGGAUGAUUCUCUACCACUGGACGGAACUUGUUGGUAUUUACCGCAUCACCCUGUGGUUAACGAGAAGAAACCGGAGAAAGUUCGCAUCGUCUUCGACUGCGCCGCCAAAUCUGAUGGUGUAGGAUUAAAUGAUGUCGUCAGGCAAGGGCCAGACCUAACGAACAAGUUGUCGGGCGUAUUACUACGCUUUCGUCAAGCACCAGUAGCUAUCAUGGCCGAUGUGGAAGCCAUGUUCCAUCAAGUGAAGCUAGAUGCAGAUGAACGAGAUGUUCUUCGCUUCUUAUGGUGGCCAGGAGGGAAAUUGGAUGAAGCUCCCAGGACCUACAGGAUGUGUGUCCACCUGUUCGGGGGUACUUGGAGCCCCAGCUGUUGCUCAUUUGCCUUGCGGCAAACAGCUAAGGACUUUGGGGAUCAGUGCAAUACAGAAGCACCAAAGGUAGUAGAGCGAAAUUUCUACGUGGACGACUGUCUUGUAUCUGUGGAGAAUGAAGAUGACGCAAUCAAACUGUCGACAGAGCUUAGAGAACUGUUGCAGAAGGGAGGUUUUCGACUAGCUAAAUGGUUGAGCAACAGUCCAAGGGUUCUGCAAAGCAUACCAGUGUCUGAAAGAGCCAAGAAGGUUGCUGGGAUAGACUUGAACUUUGAGGCCCUCCCAGUGGAGCGAGCACUUGGUAUGAUAUGGGAUAUAGAGAUGGACAGCUUCAUCUACAAAAUUCAGCCCAAGCCCAAACCUUUGUCUCGAAGAGGGAUACUGAGUAUAGUCUCUUCAAUCUAUGACCCUUUGGGUUAUGCCAGCCCAUUUGUCCUGAGAGGAAAGAUGAUUCUACAGGAAUUGACGAGGAAGAAGCUGAGUUGGGAUGAGCCCAUUCCCGACAUUGAUGCCAAGAACUGGAGAGCUUGGAUCGAGGAACUUCCUGAGAUGGAGGGAUUCGGAGUACACAGAUGUAUCAAGCCUCAGAACUUCGGGAAGGUGACGGAGUAUACAAUUCACAACUUCUCUGAUGCAUCGGAAGUGGCCUAUGGUGCAGUAUCCUAUCUAGUGAUGAGGAAUGAAGAAGGGCAGGUGCAUAGCAGUCUCCUGAUGGCUAAGUCACGUCUUGCACCUAUAAAGACUGUUACCAUACCCCGUUUGGAGCUGAUGGCAGCAACGCUGGCUGUCAACAUGGAUAUUAUGGUCAGGGAAGAGCUGGACCUGCCGAUCAAGAUGUCAUACUUUUGGACUGACAGUAUGAUUGUUCUUCAUUAUAUCCGUAGUGAAGAUAGGAGGUUCAAAGUCUUUGUGUCCAACAGACUUGCGACAAUCCACCAAGCCACAGAGCUGAGCCAGUGGAGACACAUAGACACAAAGGUGAAUCCUGCAGAUGUUGUGUCUAGGGGUACGUCACCAAUGAAGCUGAAGAAUGACAAAGGAUGGCUUGAGGGACCAGACUUUAUACAGCUUCCGGAGGAACAAUGGCCAAAAUGUCCCUUUGAGAAAGAGGAGAUCAAUGAGGAUGAUCCAGAGCUAAAACCAACAAAGGUGCAGACAUUUGCUGUGAGUGAUGGUAGAGGGUGCAUUGAUAGAAUCCUAAUGCACUAUUCUGACUGGACAAGACUACGCAGAGCAGUAGCCUGGUGGCUUAAGCUGAAGGAGUACCUCAGAGGGAAAAGCAGAAACUCAGUGCCUGGAAAAUGCAGUAGCUUAAAACCAGAGGACUUGAAGUGUGCUGAGAAAGCAAUAUUUCAGCAUGUGCAGCAUGAAUCCUUCCCAGAGGAGUUGAAGCUACUGAAGGAGAUAGACGGAAUACCAGAGGGACGAGAAAGAGUUGUGAAAAAGGGGUCUAAGCUCGCAAAGAUGGAUCCGGUCUUCCAAGAUGGUCUUCUGAGAGUAGGGGGCAGACUCGGACGAGCCCAGAUCCCAGGCAGUGCGAAGCACCAGGUGAUAAUGCCCAGGCAACAUCAUGUAUCAACGUUGUUGGUACGAUAUGUACAUAAAAACAUUGGACAUCAAGGCCAAAAUCAUGUUUUGGCAGAACUCAGACAACAAUACUGGAUUCUUGGAGCAGGGGUUCUCGUGAGAGGCUUGGUAAGAAAGUGUGUUACCUGUCGUCGUUACCAGGCCAAGGUUGGUAAGCAGAAGAUGGCAGAUCUACCUGCCUACCGAGUAGCAGCUGGUGAGCCGGCCUUCACGAACGUUGGGAUGGACUUUUUCGGUCCAUUUGAGAUCAAGUGUGGACGCUCAGUGAGGAAAAGAUACGGUGUGGUGUUUACCUGUAUGGCCACCCGCGCUAUCCACAUCGAGGUCGCUGAUUCUCUCGAAACUAGCUCCUGCAUUGAUGCUAUUAGAAGGAUGAUGAGUAGAAGGGGGCCGAUAACGAAAUUGGUCUCUGACAACGGCACCAAUCUGGUUGGAGCUGAAGGUGAACUUAGGAAGGCUCUGAAAGAUUGGAACCAGGAGGAGAUGUCUCAUUUCACUGCCAACAAAGGGAUUGACUGGUCCUUCAAUCCGCCAGGGGCCUCACACUACGGUGGAGUAUGGGAGAGACAGAUACGAACUAUUAGAAAGGUACUGCAAGCUGUCCUUAACGAGCAGUAUCUGAGGACAUGCCAGACAGAAGAGCAGCUUCAUACUCUGAUGUGUGAGGUGGAGGCAAUUGUGAAUAGCCGACCACUUACUCGCGUGUCUGAUGACCCAGGGGAUCUUGAAGUGAUAACGCCUAGUAGUCUACUAAACAUGAAGCGAACGUCUACACUGCCUCCAUGCAAAUCUACCAUGGGGGAUAUCUAUGCGAGAAGACGCUGGAAGCAGAUGCAGCAUCUAGCUGAUGACUUUUGGAGAAGGUGGAUACGGGAGUAUCUUCCUAGCCUACAACAACGUCAGCGGUGGGAGCAGCCUGAGCGCAAUCUUGAUGUUGGAGACGUGGUGCUAAUCGCUGAUGGAACUUUACCCAGAUGUUGCUGGUUGAUGGGUCGCGUGUGUGAGAUUCAUCCAGAUAAGCAUGGACGCGUACGAAGUGCUAAGGUAAAGACUGCGACGUCGAUGCUAACCAGGCCUAUCACAAAACUUUGUUUAUUGCUUGAGCAAGAAGAAUCGCGAUAAAGGAAAGACAAGUUGAUUAGGUGUUUUGAUAGGGUUCGCGGAAUCUUUUAAUUUUUUUAUAAAUUAAUAACAGGUUACUUUAAUUGAGAAAGCGGAUAAACACUGAUAAUAUCGCGUACAUUACAUUUAAAGGAGCAAGACAACCUUUGGACAGCAACAAUGGACAGCUUCGAUAGGAUAGCGUGUUUUGUUUAAAUUAGGAUUUACAUCUUAGUGAUAAUUUGAUAAGAGAUAGCCGAUUAUUAAAUGAAACGAGCCCGAUGAGCAGCAAAAGGAUAGACAUUGGACUUUCAUUGAAGGAACAUUAUUGAUAUGAAAUGGUGCUUUAUGAAGCUAUGAACUUUUUUCAUCUUGUGACUAUGGACUUCGUCUUAAUAAGCACCUACUUUAUGAAGCGUCAUGGACUUCUCAUCUCGAGAUUUGGACUCAGUUUGAGCAUUCAUUGUGUCUUGCUAUUUCAGAGAUGCCACUCUUCAGGAAAUUUCCUUAUUUCAGGAAUUUUUGCUCAGAUCAUUUGUACAAAGGCAUAGGCAAAAGUCAAUUUUCAGGAAAUUUCAUCACCAAGUGGCUUCUUUGCUAUUUGUAUUUGCUUGUGCUCACUAACCACAUUUCCUCUUCCACAGGUACUCUUGGGGACGAUAUGUGAAUGUUUGUAUAAAGGAGACUUAGUUGUUAUAUCGUUUUGAGAUAGAAGGUGAACAGGGAUUGUAAACUGGCUUGUUUACUUCUAUAAUUUUGGUUCAGUUUGAACUUGUGAACCCGUCAUAAAUUUUAUAUCAUCAAGGAAUGAAAGAUUUUUUCACACUGUGUGCAAAAUUAGAAAUUUGUCAAGGAUAUAUUUUAUUGUUUAAUUUGUUUCAAAAUGGAAACAAACAUUGAGGUAAAUUGCAAUCCAGUUUACAGUUGCAUGUUCCUUAUAUUGUGAUUUCAGUAUUUGAUAUGUCUUCAGGUGAUUAAUUAAUGCAAGUUACAUGUUAUUCACGGCAGAUCAAUGGUUUUGUCAUUUAUGCUGUGUUACCAUAGCAACCUUGGAACAUUUGAGAUAUUUCUGUGAAAACAAUUUAGGAAAUGCCUUAUGAAGUCAAGGAGGAAUAUUAAGUUUGGUAAAUUAAGAAUUGUCUGUAAUUUAAGGGGCCGGAAUGUAGAUCUCAUUAUGACGUCAGAAGCGAGACUUUGGAUUCGUUAGGAAUUUAUGUCGUAGAGGGCAGCAUGGAAAUCUGCGGAGCUACAAACUAACGUGAAAUUUGUUAUGUUUUUAUAUGGAAUCCCGAUUGCUAAUUGUUAUUUUUGAGACAGCCCAAUGUUGUAAGUAGAAAAUCAAUACAUACGAUAAAAGCUUGAUAAUCACUCUUUUGUUUGAUGAUGAUGAUGAUAACGUAGCUAAAGGGAUUGCAUGUAUAUAAAGGGAUUUUUGAAGGAUUAUUACCCAUGUUUACAAUGUUGACGAACCCACGUAUAUGUUUUGGUGUUAUGUGUUAGAAUCGUUAUGAAAACGAGUUGGUGAUUGAUGCUGAUAACAUGACAGAGGAGGUCAUGAAUGUUUAUUUUGGGAUGGAUAUCAAUUAGAUAUGAAUGGAUAUUAGUAUUAAGAUAAAGGGAAUUUUAUUUAAUCUUAGAAAGUGAACAUUUAGAGCAAAAUGAGAGGGGUUUGUCAGGUAUUUCAUGUCAAGUUUUAGUAGAGAGAAGUAAAUCCAUUGAUAAUGCUCAUCACCAUGACAACAUUUGGAAUUUACAAAUUGGUUAAUUGCUUUAGUAAUCAUAGACAUGUUGGUAGCUCAUGAUUAUACAAAUGUACAAAGUAAUUGCAGCAUAUAUGGUGAAGGGAUGGCUUGAUCUUGCAACUAGAAUAUUCAAAUGAGAUUGUCAUAAAUUUCUAUUCAUAUGCAAAUGAGAGUCAUUAAUUCACCAUGAAUGUGUUUGCCAUUCUGGCAAGUAGUUUAUUGUUAACAAUGUUACAAGUAAGUUUUCUUUGCAUGAUUGAGAAAUGCAAAUGUAUGUCAGCAAUGCUGAUUAUGGUUUAUUUGUUCUAUCUUUAUAAAGGUUGAACGGUCGUCAGUUACACCAGUUUCACAAAAGGGUGCACUAUGUCAUUUGUCAGCAAUCGGGGUUUGCAGUUAAGAUAACCGUCACCACAUUCUUGA